CUUAAUGGAUUUCGAAUUGAAAGUCAAUACAAUUAUGUCAAUUUACUUAUUAAACUACAACAACAUUGUUUUAGGAAUGACUCAUUUAUAGCAAGAACAUUACUCACAGCUAUUGACCACAACAGCCAUCUUUUCAGACGAGCAGCUUUGAACAGGGAUGGAAAGAAGAAAUAUAACAAAGUGUACAGCAAGCAUUCAAAAAACUGGAGAGUGACGGCUGUACUAGAAGAGAAGACCUAUGACUUCCGGGCAGCUCUAACUUCUGGUAUCCUGCAGAGGAAGAUUGAUGACAAGGAUAGUAAACUGAAAAAAAGUAGAACUGUCAGCAGAGCUUCCGAAAAAUAUAUGUCAUUCGAUUGCUAUGCAGCCUGUCCUAGCUACGCAAGAAAUUGUUGA